AUGACCACGGAGUCGCUAUCGCGCGAGCUGGAUGCUCACAUCGUGACCCUCCUGACGAGGAUCUCCGCGCUAAAGGAGAACAAUGCCGAGCUGACUGAGAGAAAGGCGCCUAUGUCGAUCGAGGCUCGCAGUCUGGAACUUUGGAGAGCGGUGGCCGUCGAGUGUUUCGCCACCUUCCUCUUCAGCUUCGUCGUGUCCGGCGCGGCCGCGUCUUCUGUGGUCUCCGGAAGCGGACUCUGCGUCCUGGCCACCGCGGUUGCAUCCGGAUUCGCGAUCGCCGCGAUCUCGAUGAUCUUCGGUCAUAUUAGCGGUGGCCACGUGAAUCCAGCUGUCUCGGUGUCUUUCGCUUUGUGUCGACGGAUCUCGCUGCUUCGUGCUGCUCUGUACAUCGCUGCACAAUGCGGAGGCGGCAUAGCUGGCGCUGCGAUGCUCUACGGAGUGUCUGCUCCUUCCAAUACACAAACCCUGACGUCCCCGGGUCGCCUCGGGGGCGCCAUCGAGAGGCUUUUGGUGGAACUUGCGCUUUCGGUGCUGAUCGUCUUAGCCCAUUUUACCUCGGAAUCAACCAAACCGUCGCUAUCAAUCUCCAUGACCUCAAAACCAGCCGGAAUGUUGGCCGCAGCAUACACGGCGGCCACCUUGGUUUCGAGUCCAUUUCUGAACCCUGCCCGAGCUCUGGGUCCAGCGUUCGUGACCAACCGAUGGGAUAAUCACUGGGUAUACUGGGUGGGACCGUUGUCCGGAAGCGCGGUAGCUGCUCUGUUGCACGAGUAUGUGCUGAGCCCGAGACGGACGAAAGAUCCGCGCGACAUGGACGAUGGCGACAACUCGUCGAUGAGGUCAGACGAGGAUACGUACGAUGAUCUGGACAAACCGUCCGGACCGAAAUUCCCUAGCGCGUACGCCACUUAUCGUCCAGUAGCCGGGGCAUCUGCGUCGAUCUACAGCGCACCACCGUCCGCCCUGGAACGCGUCGAAUCGAUUUACGGUGGCACUAAGUCGCUCUAUUGCAAAUCCCCGCCCUUGACCAGGGCGAAUUUGAAUCGUUCGCAGAGCGUGUACGCUAAGUCCACCACCGGGACUCGGGACGGUUUGAUGAUCCCGAAACCAGGACCUCUGGUGCCCGCUCAGAGCCUGUACCCCAUCAGAAUCGGCCAAACAGGGUCGCAGAACUCCAGAGAGAGCAGUCAACAGCAAACAGUGCCAACCGGGCAGGCUCAGAGCACGCAGAAUCACAACAGCACGAAUCAGAACAUGCAAAAUCAACUGCAACAAUGCACGCAGAGCAUCUAUGGAAUCAGGGGGAUCUCGACGAGUCUGAGCACCCGCGAGAAUGGGAUCUACGGCGUGUCCACGGGAUCUAGUAUAUACGGACGCGCACCUGCCCCUCCUCCGGGUGGUCAGAACUCGCCCCAAUCGGGACCAAAUGUCCAGCCCUCGGGACAGAAUCACCAUCCGCAGCAACAGCAGCAGCAAUCACAGCCACCGCCGCAACAACAACAGCAGCAACAGCAACAACAACAGCCGCAACACCAAAACGGCACGCUGACUGCUACCUCUGACAGUGCCGCCAACUCCAGAAGACCUGAAAGCAUGUACGGACAUAUUUCCAGGCGCAGCGACGACUCGGCGUACGGAAGUUACCAAGGAUCUACGCGAGGCAACUACAACAAAGUGCCCGGACCACCUCCUGGACCAUCUGGACAGCCCAAUGGACCACCUGGACCGCCUCAGUACCGUGACCAAGGCAGACCGAGCCCGGCGGGACCGUUACAACAGAACCAGCAGACCAGUUUCCAGAGGAAUUCACCGAACCCUCAAUACUGA